CUCACCCAAAUCUCUUUUCCUUCUGUUCUUUUUUGUUUUUCUUUUUCUAUUUUUUUUUUUUUUUUAAAUUUCGUUGGUGAUUCCCCCAUGGCUUCCACUCGCGAGGCUCACUACAGGGGCGUCAGAAAGAGGCCAUGGGGUCGCUACGCCGCUGAGAUUCGCGACCCUUGGAAGAAGACCCGUGUCUGGUUGGGCACUUUCGAUACCCCUGAAGAAGCCGCCCUUGCUUACGACGGCGCCGCCAGGUCCCUCCGCGGCUCCAAAGCCAAGACCAACUUCCCUCCCCCUCUCUCCCUCGACCUCAACGUCUCCUCCACUCCUACAACCUGCAACUGGCCUUCCUCCUCCUCCUCCUCCGCCGCCGCCGCCCCUUCCUCCUCCUCCUCCUCCUCCGCCGCUCGUCUUCUCCUCGGCGAUUUCCUCCGCCACGGCGCUCGAAACGACUUGUGUAAUGUCAAUGUGGAAGCCUCUCCGGGGCUGGUGGACUCGAGAGAUCCAGCGCCCAACACUACGGCGUCGUUUAUGGGGCACGUGCGUCGUGGCCUCCCCUUUGAUCUGAACGAGCCUCCACCGGUGUGGCUAUGAUUCAUUCAACAACCCCACCACACGGCUUUUACCGGCGUUUUUAACGGACAUCUCUUUCUCAUUUCUCUCACUUUUUGUCGUUUUUUUUUUCUUUUUUUUUUUUAAUUUUAUAUUCUGACAGUAUUCUGUAUCCACUUUUUCACCCCUAGAUUUAAAAAAACAAAAAAAAAAAAAAACCCCAUUAAAAGAAUAUGUAAAUACAA